CACCGCAGGCUCGCAGCGUCCCCCCUCCCCGGGGCAUGGACCCCGCGCUCUGCCCGCGCACGGCUACUCGCAGCGCCCUGCACGCGGCCGCCUAGAGCCCGCGACCUACCCAGCGGGACAAAAGGCGCGGCAUCCCGGCGCUGCCCAGCCCAGCCCAGCCCAGCCCAGCCCCGGGAAGGCAGCCGCGCUCCGGGCUGGUCCCCCUUUCAUUCUCCGCUCCAAACUUUGAGGUAGUUCAGAGACUGCAAAGGGCUGAUGAGGCACCAGAGAGGAAGUCCUCUGCCUGCUGUUGAGGAGUAAGCACAGUGCUUAGGAGCUUAGGGCAAAGCAGCCAGCAAACGAGGGCAAAAAAUGAUUGCCCGGGAAGUGGUCUGCACAGUAUUCCUGGUGGCUCUUCUUCGUUCUUCCCUAGCUGGAGAUGGGACCCCCCAGCCGGAGAGCAGGGCUGAGGAGAUUCCGGAGGGGGCAUCCACGUUGGCUUUUGUGUUUGAUGUGACUGGCUCCAUGUAUGAUGAUUUAGUUCAGGUUAUUGAAGGGGCUUCCAAAAUUUUGGAGACGUCUUUGAAGAGACCUAAGAGACCUCUUUACAACUUUGCUUUGGUGCCUUUCCAUGAUCCAGAAAUUGGUCCAGUGACAAUUACCACCGAUCCCAAAAAAUUUCAGUAUGAACUCAGAGAGCUCUAUGUUCAGGGUGGUGGUGAUUGUCCAGAAAUGAGUAUCGGAGCUAUAAAAAUUGCCUUGGAAAUUUCCCUUCCUGGUUCUUUCAUCUACGUUUUCACUGAUGCACGAUCCAAGGAUUACAGGCUCACUCAUGAGGUGCUGCAGCUCAUUCAACAGAAACAAUCCCAAGUGGUGUUUGUGCUCACUGGAGACUGUGAUGACAGGAAUCAUAUUGGAUACAAAGUCUACGAAGAAAUUGCGUCUACAAGUUCUGGUCAAGUGUUCCAUCUGGACAAGAAGCAAGUGAAUGAGGUGCUGAAGUGGGUGGAAGAAGCAGUUCAGGCCUCCAAGGUUCACCUCUUAUCCACCGAUCACUUGCAUCAGGCUGUAAAUACUUGGAAAAUUCCAUUUGAUCCCAGCCUCAAAGAAGUUACUGUGUCCCUGAGUGGCCCUUCUCCCGCGAUUGAAAUUCGCAAUCCUUUUGGGAAGCUGAUAAAAAAGGGAUUUGGCUUGAAUGAGCUGUUAAAUAUCCAUAACUCUGCCAAAGUGGUGAAUGUCAAGGAGCCAGAAGCUGGAAUGUGGACAGUGAAGACCUCCAGCAGUGGAAGACAUUCUGUUCGUAUCACUGGUCUCAGCACUAUUGAUUUCCGAGCUGGCUUUUCCCGAAAGCCCACGCUGGACUUCAAAAAAACACUCAGCAGACCCGUGCAAGGGAUACCUACCUAUGUGCUACUGAACACUUCUGGAAUCUCCAGUCCAGCUAGAGUCGAUCGCCUCGAACUUCUGAGUAUCUCAGGGGGGUCUCUUAAGACGAUUCCUGUUAAACACUACCCAGAUCGAAAACCUUACGGCAUCUGGAAUAUUUCUGACUUUGUUCCACCAGAUGAAGCUUUCUUUCUCAAAGUGACAGGCUAUGACAAAGAUGACUAUCUCUUCCAGAGAGUGUCGAGUGUUUCGUUUUCCAGCAUUGUCCCAGAUGCUCCCAAAGUUACAAUGCCCCCGAGGACCCCAGGAUACUACCUGCAGCCAGGCCAAAUCCUCUGUUCGGUUGAGAGUCUUUUGCCCUUCACUUUGAGCUUCGUGAGAAAUGGAAUUGCACUGGGAGUGGACCAGUACUUCAAAGAGUCGGCUAGUGUGAACUGGGAUUUCAAAAAGGUCACGUUGUCUGAUGAAGGCCCCUAUGAGUGUAUUGCUGUGAGCGGCGCAGGGACUGGACGGGCACAGACGUUUUUUGAUGUAUCAGAGCCCCCUCCGAUCAUCCAAGUGCCUAAUAAUGUUACAGUCACUCCUGGAGAAAGAGCAGUUUUGGCGUGUCUUGUCAUCAGUGCUGUGGAUUACAAUCUGACAUGGCAGAAGAGUGGCAGAGACGUCCGCCUAGCAGACUCAGCAAGAAUCAGGACCUUGGCCAACCUCUCGCUGGAGCUGAGGAGUGUGAAAACUGGUGAUGCUGGGGAGUACCGGUGUGUGGUUUCCAGUGAAGGUGGAUCAGCAGCAGCUUCAGUUUUCCUCACAGUGCAAGAAAAACCCAAAGUCACUGUGAUGCCCAAGAACCAGUCUUUCACCGGAGGGUCUGAAGUCUCCAUCAUGUGUUCUGCAACAGGCUAUCCCAAACCAAAGAUUGUCUGGACCGUUAAUGAGAUGUUUAUCAUGGGUUCACACAGGUACAGGAUGACCCCAGAAGGCACUUUAUUCAUCAAGAAUGCAGUUCCCAAAGAUGCAGGGACCUACGGUUGCCUGGCAAGCAAUGCAGCUGGAACUGAUAAGCAGACUUCUACUCUCAGAUACAUCGAAGCCCCUAAGUUGGUGGUAGUUCAGAGUGAGCUCUUGGUGGCCCUUGGGGAUACUACCGUUAUGGAAUGUAAAACCUCUGGGGUUCCUCCACCUCAAGUAAAGUGGUUCAAAGGAGAUCUUGAAUUGAGGCCCUCAGCAUUCCUCAGUAUUGACCCUCUCAUGGGACUUUUAAAGAUUCAAGAAACACAAGAUCUGGAUGCUGGUGAUUAUACCUGUGCAGCCACCAAUGAUGCUGGAAGAGCAACAGGCAGACUAACUCUGGAUGUAGGCUCACCUCCAGUUUUCAUACAAGAACCUUCUGAUGUGUCCGUAGAAAUUGGUUCCAAUGUGACAUUACCUUGUUACGUCCAGGGUUAUCCAGAGCCAAAGAUCAAAUGGCGAAGAUUGGACAACAUGCCAGUUUUCUCAAGACCCUUUUCAGUUAGUUCCAUCAGCCAACUGAGAACAGGCGCUCUUUUUAUUUCAAAUCUGUGGGCAAGUGAUAAAGGAACAUAUAUCUGUGAAGCUGAAAACCAGUUUGGAAAAAUACAGUCCCAAGCAACCAUAACAGUGACAGGACUUGUUGCCCCACUUAUUGGCAUCAGCCCCUCUGUGGCUAAUGUUAUUGAAGGACAGCAGCUAACUCUGCCUUGUACGCUGUUGGCUGGAAAUCCCAUCCCAGAACGGCGGUGGAUGAAGAACUCGGCCAUGUUGGUACAAAACCCUUACAUAACUGUGCGCAGCGAUGGGAGCCUCCAUAUUGAAAGAGUUCGGCUUCAGGAUGGAGGCGAAUAUACUUGUGUGGCCAGUAAUGUUGCUGGAACCAAUAACAAAACCACCUCUGUGGCCGUGCAUGUUCUGCCAACCAUCCAGCACGGGCAGCAGGUACUCAGCACAAUUGAAGGCAUUCCAGUCACUUUACCAUGCAAAGCAAGUGGGAUUCCCAAGCCAUCUAUCACCUGGUCAAAGAAAGGAGAGCUGAUUUCAACUGGCAGCGCCAAGUUUUCCGCAGGGGCCGACGGGAGUCUGUAUGUGGUGUCACCAGGAAGCGAGGAGAGUGGAGAAUAUAUCUGUACAGCCACCAACGCAGCCGGCUAUGCCAAGAGGAAAGUGCAGCUGACUGUCUAUGUAAGACCCAGAGUGUUUGGGGACCAAAGAGGACUGUCCCAGGAUAAGCCUGUGGAGAUCUCUGUCCUGGCUGGGGAAGAGGUGACACUUCCCUGUGAAGCUAAGAGCUUACCCCCGCCCAUCAUUACCUGGGCCAAAGACAGCCAACUCAUCUCUCCGUUUUCUCCAAGACACACGUUCCUCCCUUCUGGCUCAAUGAAGAUCACAGAGACUCGCGUUUCAGACAGUGGGAUGUAUCUUUGUGUUGCCACAAAUAUUGCUGGGAAUGUGACUCAGUCUGUUAAAUUAAGUGUCCAUGUUCCUCCAAAAAUACAGCAUGGAACUAGACACAUAAAAGUCAAAGUGGGCCAGAGAGUAGACAUCCCAUGCAGUGCCCAUGGGUCUCCACCUCCCGUGAUCACCUGGGUUAAAAGCGGAAGGCCCGUGCUAACUGAGGGAGUGCAGCAUCCUCGCAAUCCGGAUGGAACCCUGAGCAUCGAGCAGGCUGUGAUCUCAGAUGCGGGGGUCUACACAUGUAUCGCCACGAACAUAGCCGGCAGUGAUGAGGCGGAGGUGACCCUGCAUGUCCAAGAACCACCCACAGUGGAAGACCUGCAACCUCCUUUUAACACUCCAUUCCAAGAAAGACUGGCCAAUCAGCGCAUUGCAUUUCCAUGCCCUGCAAAAGGUACUCCUAAACCAACCAUCAAGUGGUUACACAAUGGUAGAGAGGUGACCGGCCAAGAGCCUGGUGUUUCUAUCUUGGAAGAUGGUGCGCUGUUGGUAAUUGCUUCUCUUACACCACAUAACAAUGGCGAGUACAUCUGUGUGGCCAUCAAUGAAGCUGGGACCACAGAAAGGAAAUAUCACCUCAAAGUUCAUGUUCCACCGGUAAUUAAAGAUAAGGAACAUGUGACCAACGUGUCCGUGCUGGUAAACCAACUGGCCAGUCUGUACUGUGAAGUAGAAGGAACUCCAUCGCCCGUCAUUAUGUGGUAUAAAGAUGACAUCCAGGUGACAGAGAGCAGUACUGUUCAGAUUGUGAACAAUGGGAAGAUGCUAAAGCUCUUUAAAGUGUCUGCAGAGGAUGCAGGAAGAUAUUCCUGCAAAGCAAUUAAUAUUGCAGGAACCUCUCAGAAGCACUUUAGUGUCAAUGUACUAGUUCCACCCAGCAUAAUAGGUGCCAGCUUCCCAAAUGAAGUCUUGGUUGUUCUUAAUCACAACACCACCCUGCAGUGCCAUGUCAGAGGCACUCCCUUCCCUGCUAUUCACUGGUUCAAGGACGGCAAGCCUUUAUUUUUGGGAGAUCCCAACAUUGAACUUUCAGACAGAGGACAAAUUUUACAUCUGAGAACUGCACGGAGAAGUGACAAGGGGCGCUACCAAUGUUCUGUGUCUAAUGCAGCAGGCAAGCAAGCCAAGGAUAUAAAGCUGACUGUCUAUGUUCCACCUAGUAUUAAAGGAGGGAACGUUACCACAGAAAUAUCGGCGUUGCUCAACAGCAUAGUUAAACUGGAAUGUGAGUCCCGGGGGCUUCCAGUGCCUACCAUUACCUGGUAUAAGGAUGGCCAGGUCAUCAUAUCCAGUUCACAAGCACUUUAUGUUGAUAAAGGACAAUUUCUUCACAUUCCAAGAGCACAAGUCUCUGAUUCAGCAGCAUAUACAUGCCACGUAUCCAAUGUUGCUGGAACAGCUGAAAAAUCAUUCCACGUUGACAUCUAUGUUCCUCCAAUAAUUGAAGGUGACUUGGCCAUGCCUUCAAAUAAGCAAGUUGUUAUUGGUCAGUCAUUGAUCUUGGAGUGUAAAGCUGCUGGCAACCCUCCUCCCGUUCUUACUUGGUUAAAAGAUGGUGUACCUGUGAAAGCCAGUGACAACAUCCGCAUAGAAGCCGGUGGGAAGACACUUGAAAUCCUGAGUGCCCUGGAAGGUGACCGGGGACAAUACAUAUGUGUGGCUACCAGUGUGGCAGGAGAAAGGGAAAUCAAAUACGAAGUUGAUGUCCUAGUGCCACCAGCUGUGGAAGGAGGAGAUGAAACCUCUUACUUCAUUGUGAUGGCAAAUAACUUGCUGGAGCUAGAUUGCCAGGUCACAGGCUCUCCGCCACCAACUAUCAUGUGGCUAAAAGGCGGUCAGUUAAUCGAUGAAAGAGAUGGAUUCAAGAUCUUACUAAAUGGACGCAAACUGGUUAUUGCUCAGGCUCAAGUGUCAGAUACAGGCCUUUACCAAUGUGUGGCAACGAACAUUGCAGGGGACCACAGGAAGGAGUUUGAAGUGACAGUGCAUGUUCCUCCAACAAUCAAGUCCUCAGACCUUCCCGAGAAAACUGUGGUGAGGCACAAGCCAGUCACCUUGCAGUGCAUCGCCAAUGGCAUUCCCAGCCCGUCCAUUACAUGGCUGAAGGACGACCAGCCUGUGAACACUGCCCAAGGAAACCUCCGAAUACAGUCUUCUGGCAGAGUUCUACAAAUUGCCAAGGCUCUUUUGGGAGAUGCUGGCAGAUACACGUGUGUGGCUACCAAUGCCGCCGGAGAAGCCCAGCAGCACACUCAAUUGCACGUGCACGAACCCCCGAGCCUGGACGAUGCAGGAAAGAUGCUCAAUGAGACAGUGGUGGUGAAUAACCCCAUUCAACUGGAGUGUAGAGCAGCAGGCAAUCCUGUUCCUGUUAUUACAUGGUACAAAGACAACCACCCACUCUCGGGUUCUACAAGUGUAGUCUUCCUGAACAGAGGGCAGAUCCUUGAUAUUGAAAAGACUCAAAUCUCAGAUGCUGGCAUCUAUAAAUGUGUAGCCAUCAACUCUGCUGGAGCUACAGAAUUGUUUUACAGCCUACAAGUUCAUGUGCCUCCUUCGAUCUCAGGUAGCAGUUCCAUGGUGGAGGUGGUGGUGAAUAAUCUAGCAAGGUUGGAAUGUGAAGCCAGGGGCAUCCCUGCCCCCAGCCUGACCUGGUUGAAAGAUGGGAGCCCUGUCUCUAGCUUCGCUAAUGGAAUACAGGUUCUCUCUGGGGGUCGCAUCUUAGCUCUGACCAGUGCACAGAUGAGUGACACAGGAAGGUACACCUGCGUGGCAGUGAACGCUGCUGGGGAGAAGCAGAGGGACAUCGACCUCAGAGUAUAUGUUCCACCCAAUAUUAUGGGAGAAGAACAGAAUGUCUCUGUCCUCAUUAGCCAAGCUGUAGAGUUAACUUGUCAAAGUGAUGCUGUUCCCCCACCUACUCUCAUGUGGUUCAAGGAUGGCCGACCUUUGCUGAAGAAGCCAGGCCUCAGUGUCUCUGAAAAUGGCAGUGUGCUAAAGAUUGAAGAUGCUCAGGUUCAAGACACUGGUCGUUACACCUGUGAGGCAACAAAUGUCGCUGGAAAAAACGAGAAAAACUACAAUGUUAACAUCUGGGUACCACCUAGUAUUUAUGGAUCUGAUGAGCUCAUGCAACUUACUGCCAUUGAAGGGAAUCUCGUCACUCUGCUGUGUGAAUCAAGUGGAAUUCCACCCCCAAAUCUUACUUGGAAGAAGAAAGGCUCUCUGGUGUUGGGUGACUCUGUGGGACGAGUUCGCAUUUUAUCUGGAGGCAGACGGUUACAAAUUUCAGUCGCCGAGAAAGCUGAUGCAGGACCCUACACGUGUGUGGCAUCCAAUGUGGCUGGAAUUGCAAAUAAAGACUAUAAUCUGCAAGUGUACAUUCGACCAUCUAUAGCCAACAGCGGCAGCCACCGCCCUGAAAUUAUCGUUAUCCGUGGGAAGAGUAUUUCCUUGGAAUGCGAGGUGCAGGGUAUUCCUCAGCCAACAGUGACUUGGAUGAAAGAUGGCCGUCCUUUGAACGCAGGAAAAGGAGUGGAAAUAUUGGAUGAAGGGCGCAUCCUUCAGCUGAAGAAUGUUCAUGUGUCUGACACAGGCCGUUACGUGUGUGUUGCUGUGAAUGUAGCAGGAAUGACUGACAAAAGAUAUGACUUAAGUGUGCAUGCCCCUCCAAGCAUCAUAGGGAACCAAGGAAUUCCUGAGAACGUCAGUGUGGUGGAGAAGAGCUCUGUAUCCCUGACUUGCGAAGCCUCUGGCAUCCCCCUGCCUUCUAUAACCUGGCUUAAAGAUGGCUGGCCCGUCAGCCUCGGCAGUUCUGUGAAAAUUCUCUCAGGAGGCAGGAUGCUGCGGUUGAUGCAGACCAGACCAGAAGAUGCUGGCCAGUAUACUUGUAUUGUAAGGAACGCAGCUGGUGAAGAGAGGAAAAUGUUUGGACUCUCAGUAUUAGUUCCUCCUCAUAUUGUGGGUGAAAAUACAUUGGAAGAUGUGAAGAUUAAAGAGAAACAGAAUGUAACCUUGACUUGUGAGGCGACAGGGAACCCUGUGCCGCAGAUCACAUGGCACAAAGAUGGACAGCUUCUCCAAGAAGAUGAAGUCCACCACAUGAUGUCUGAUGGCCGUUUUCUCCAGAUCACCAAUGCUCAAGUGUCACACACAGGACGAUACACAUGUUUGGCCUCUAAUACAGCUGGAGACAAAAGCAAAAGUUUCAGUCUCAAUGUGUUUGUAUCUCCAACAAUUGCUGGUGUAGACAGCGAUGGCAGCCCUGAAGAUGUCAUUGUCAUCCUUAACAGCCCCACGUCUCUGGUCUGUGAGGCAUACUCCUAUCCCCCGGCUACCAUCACCUGGUUCAAGGACGGAGCACCUUUAGAAUCCAACCGGAAUAUCCGCAUUCUUCCAGGAGGCCGCACCCUGCAGAUACUUAAUGCACAAGAAGACAAUGCGGGAAGAUACUCAUGUGUGGCCACUAAUGAGGCUGGAGAAAUGAUAAAGCACUAUGAAGUGAAAGUCUACAUUCCACCCAUCAUCAAGAAAGGGGACCUUUUGGGGCCAGGCCUUUCCCCUAAAGAAGUGAAGAUCAGGGUGAACAACAGCCUGACUUUGGAGUGUGAAGCUUACGCCAUUCCUUCUGCCUUGCUCCGCUGGUACAAGGAUGGACAGCCCCUGAAGUCUGAUGAUCAUGUGAACAUCGCUGCCAAUGGACACACUCUCCAAAUCAAGGAAGCUCAAAUAUCAGACACUGGACGAUACACUUGUGUUGCAUCUAACCUUGCAGGCGAAGAUGAGUUGGAUUUUGAUGUGAAUAUCCAAGUGCCUCCAAGUUUUCAGAAACUCUGGGAAAUAGGAAACAUGCUAGACACCAGCAGGAGUGGUGAAGCCAAAGAUGUAAUCAUCAACAAUCCCAUUUCUCUGCACUGCGAGACAAACGCUGCUCCUCCCCCAACUCUGACAUGGUACAAAGAUGGCCGCCCUCUGACGUCCAGUGACAGAGUACUGAUUUUGCCAGGAGGGCGAGUGUUGCAGAUUCCCCGAGCCAAAGUAGAAGAUGCUGGGAGGUACACAUGCGUGGCUGUGAAUGAGGCUGGGGAAGAUUCCCUUCAGUAUGACAUCCGUGUACUCUUGCCACCAGUUAUCAAGGGAGCAAAUGGUGAUCUCCCAGAAGAAAUCACUGUGCUGGUUAAUAAGAGUGCACGGAUGGAAUGUUCGUCCAGUGGUAACCCAGCACCGAGGAAUUCCUGGCAGAAAGAUGGACAACCCUUGGUGGAAGAUGAACAUCAUAAGUUCUUAUCUGAUGGCAGGAUUCUUCAGAUUCUGAAUGCUCAGAUAACAGAUAUCGGGAGGUAUGUGUGUGUCGCCGAGAACAGAGCCGGGAGUACCAAAAAAUACUUCAACCUCAACAUUCAAGUUCCUCCAGGUGUCAUUGGACCUACCCAUGAACAUCUCUCUGUGGUGGUGAACCAUUUCAUCUCUUUGACCUGUGAGGUGUCUGGUUUUCCUGCUCCUGACCUCAGCUGGCUCAAGAAUGAACAACCUAUCAAGCCAAAUACAAAUGUUCUCAUUGUACCCGGUGGUCGAACUCUACAGAUUAUUCGGGCCAAGGUAUCUGAUGGUGGUGAAUACACCUGCAUCGCUAUUAACCAAGCUGGAGAAAGCAAGAAGAAAGUCUCCCUGACUGUCCAUGUGCCCCCAAGCAUUAAGGAUCAUGGCAGCGAGUCUCUUUCUGUAGUUAAUGUGAGAGAGGGGACCUCAGUGUCAUUGGAAUGCGAGUCAAAUGCUGUCCCUCCCCCAGUCAUCACCUGGUCUAAGAAUGGGCGGACGAUAACAGAUUCUACCCACGUGGAGAUUUUAACUGGUGGACAGAUGCUGCACAUCAAGAGAGCCGAGGUGUCUGACACAGGCCAGUAUGUAUGUAGAGCUAUAAAUGUAGCAGGACGAGAUGAUAAAAAUUUCCACCUCAAUGUAUAUGUGCCUCCCACCAUUGAAGGGCCUGAAAGAGAAGUCCUUGUGGAGACAGUCAGCAAUCCAGUGACAUUGAAAUGCGAUGCCACUGGGAUCCCCCCUCCCACCAUAACGUGGUUGAAGAACCACAAGCCUAUAGAAAAUUCCGACCCCCUUGAGGUUCACAUUUUGUCUGGGGGAACCAAACUGCAAAUUGCCAGACCUCAGCAUUCUGACGGGGGAAACUACACCUGUGUUGCAUCCAAUAUGGAGGGAAAGGCUCAGAAACACUAUAUCCUUUCUCUGCAGGUUCCCCCAAGCAUUGCUGGUGCUGAAAUUCCAAGUGAAGUCAGUGUCCUUCUCGGGGAAAAUGUUGAGCUGGUCUGCAAUGCAGAUGGCAUUCCCACCCCACAUCUUCAGUGGCUUAGAGAUGGAAAACCCAUAGUGAAUGGUGAAACAGAAAGAGUCAGUGUCACUGCAGAUGGCAGCACAUUAAACAUUUACAGAACUCUCACAUCUGACAUGGGGAAGUAUACCUGUGUUGCUACUAAUCCCGCUGGAGAAGAAGACCGAAUAUUUAACUUGAAUGUCUACGUUCCACCUAAAAUCAGAGGUAAUAAAGAAGAGGCAGAGAAACUGAUGGCUCUGGUGGACACGUCAGUAAAUAUUGAAUGCAAAGCCACGGGGACACCUCCACCGCAGAUCAACUGGCUGAAGAAUGGCCUUCCUCUGCCCCUCUCCUCCCACAUCCGCUUGCUGUCAGCUGGGCAGGUUGUCAGGAUCGUGAGAGCUCAGGUGUCUGACGUCGCUGUGUAUACUUGUGUGGCCUCCAAUAGAGCUGGUGUAGAUAGUAAACACUACAGCCUUCAAGUCUUUGUGCCACCACAUAUGGACAAUGCAAUGGGAACAGAGGAAAUCACAAUUGUCAAAGGCAGUUCUACCUCUAUGACGUGCUUUACAGACGGAACCCCAACUCCAAGUAUGUCUUGGCUCAGGGAUGGCCAGCCUCUGGUGCUUGAUGCUCAUCUGACCACCAGCACUCAAGGAAUGGUCCUGCAGCUCAUCAAGGCAGAAACUGAAGAUUCUGGAAAGUACACCUGUGUUGCCUCAAAUGAUGCUGGAGAAAUCAGCAAGCAUUUUGUCCUGAAAGUCCUAGAACCACCUCACAUCAAUGGAUCUGAAGGACCUGGAGAGGUAUCAGCAGUUGUGAAUAAUCCACUUGAGCUGUCCUGCAUAGCUUCUGGAAUCCCUGCUCCUAAAGUCUCCUGGAUGAAAGAUGGCCGGCCUUUUCUACAGACAGAUCAAGUGCAGAUUCUUGAAGGAGGGGCCAUCCUUCGAAUAUCCAGUGCUCAGGUGGAGGAUACAGGAAGAUAUACUUGUCUGGCAUCCAGUCCUGCCGGGGAUGAUGAUAAAGAAUAUUUAGUGAGAGUACACGUGCCUCCUAAUAUUGCUGGAAUGGACGAGUCCCAGGACUUCACUGUGUUAAGGAACAGACAGGUGACACUGGAAUGCAAAUCGGAUGCAGUGCCUCCGCCUGUGGUCAUGUGGCUCAGAAAUGGGGAGCGGUUACAGAAUUCAGGCUCAGGAGUGGCUGACACAUCUGUAAUAUCCCCACCUCCAGCUCUCUGGGACCAGAAUCCUAAGGAGCAGUCAAAGAUUCUCUACAGCUCCCUACACUUAGUUCCUCCAAGCAUCAGUGGUGGUCCCCAGAGUCUUGUCACUCUCUUAAAUACAUCAAUUGUACUGGAAUGCUUUGCUGAAGGUGUGCCAACCCCAAGGAUAACAUGGAGAAAGGAUGGGGCUGUGCUAGCCGGAAGCCAUGCAAGAUACUCCAUCUUAGAAAAUGGAUUCCUUCAAAUUCAGUCAGCACAUGUCACAGACACCGGACGGUAUUUGUGUAUGGCGACCAAUGUGGCUGGAACAGACCGUCGGCGAAUAGAUUUACAAGUCCAUGUUCCUCCAUCUAUAGCUCCUGGUCCUACCAAUGUAACAGUAACAGUGAAUGUCCAAACUACUCUGGCUUGUGAAGCUACUGGGAUACCAAAACCAUCAAUCAACUGGAGAAAAAAUGGGCAUCUUCUUAAUGUGGAUCAAAAUCAAAAUUCAUACAGGCUCCUUUCUUCGGGUUCCCUCGUCAUUAUUUCCCCCUCCGUGGAUGACACUGCCAGUUAUGAGUGCACUGUGACCAGUGAUGCUGGAGAGGACAAGAGAACCGUGGACCUCACUGUCCAAGUUCCUCCUGCCAUAGCUGACGAGCCUACGGAUUUCCUGGUAACCAGAGAGGCCCCGGCUGUCAUGACCUGCACUGCUUCCGGACUUCCGGUUCCCUCGAUUCACUGGACCAAAAAUGGCAUAAGACUGCUUCCCAGAGGAGACGGCUAUCGGAUUCUGUCCUCAGGAGCAAUUGAGAUAUUUGCUACCCAAAUAAACCAUGCAGGAAGAUACACUUGUCUUGCUAGAAAUGCAGCUGGAUCAGCGCACCGGCAUGUAACCCUUCAUGUCCAAGACCCUCCAGUCAUUCAGCCCCAGCCAAGUGAACUGGAUGUCAUUCUAAACAACCCCAUCUUACUUCCAUGUGAAGCAACAGGAAUACCCAGUCCAUUCAUUACUUGGCAAAAAGAAGGCAUCAAUGUCAUUGCCUCAGGCAAAAGCCUUGCUGUUCUUCCUAGUGGCAGCUUGCAGAUCUCCAGAGCUGUUCGAGAGGAUGCUGGUACUUACAUGUGUGUGGCUCAGAACCCUGCUGGUACAGCCUUGGGCAAAAUCAAGCUGAAUGUACAAGUUCCUCCAGCCAUUAGUUCCCAUCAAAAGGAAUAUGUUGUUGCUGUGGAUAAACCUGUCUCCCUACUGUGUGACUCAGAGGGCUUCCCACCACCUGACAUUACCUGGCAUAAAGAUGGGCAGGCACUUGCCGAAUCCAUCCGCCAGCGCAUCCUGAACUCAGGUGCUCUGCAGAUAGCAUUUGCUCAGCCUGAUGAUGCUGGUCAGUACACAUGCAUGGCAGCUAAUGCGGCGGGAUCCAGCAGCGUGAGCACCACACUCACUGUCCAUGUACCUCCUAGGAUCCAAAGUACAGAAGUACACUACACAGUCAAUGAGAACUCCCAAGCUGUUCUUCCGUGUGUUGCUGAUGGAAUCCCCACACCUGCAAUUCGCUGGGAAAAAGACAGUGUUCUUAUAGCCAACUUGUUAGGGAAAUACACUGCCCAGCCAUAUGGAGAGCUCAUCUUGGAAAACGCUGUGCUGGAGGAUUCUGGUACCUACACAUGCGUGGCUAACAAUGUUGCUGGUGAAGACACACGUACUGUGACACUGACGGUUCAUUCCCUUCCCACUUUUACUGAACUUCCUGGAGACCUGUCAUUAAAUAAAGGCGAACAGCUGAGGUUAAGUUGUAAAGCCACUGGCGUCCCAUUGCCCAAACUAACAUGGACCUUCAACAACAAUAUUAUUCCAGCCCACUUCGACAGUGUCAAUGGACACAGUGAACUUGUUAUUGAAAAGGUGUCAACGGAGGACUCAGGCACUUACGUGUGUACAGCGGAGAACAGCGUUGGCUUUGUGAAAGCGAUUGGGUUUGUGUAUGUGAAAGAGCCUCCAGUCUUCAAAGGUGAUUACCCAUCUAACUGGAUUGAACCACUUGGUGGUAACGCAAUCCUAAACUGCGAGGUGAGAGGAGACCCCGCCCCAACUAUCCAGUGGAGCCGGAAGGGUGCGGACAUAGAAAUUAGCCACAGGAUCCGACAACUGGGUAAUGGUUCCUUGGCCAUCUAUGGUACCGUGAAUGAAGACGCCGGGGACUACACGUGCGUAGCCGCCAAUGAGGCCGGGGUGGUGGAGCGCAGCAUGAGCCUGACUCUGCAAAGUCCUCCCAUUAUUGCUCUUGAGCCAGUGGAGACUGUUGUGGAUGCUGGUGGCAGAGUCAUAUUGGACUGUCAAGCAACUGGUGAACCCCAGCCAACCAUCACGUGGUCCCGCCAAGGGCACCCCAUCCCCUGGGAUAACCGACUCACCAUGCUUUCCAAUAGCUCCUUAUUCAUCGCUGCUGCUCGCAAGGAAGAUACCUCUGAAUAUGAGUGUGUUGCCCGAAACUUGAUGGGCUCUGUCCUUGUCAGAGUGCCUGUCAUAGUCCAAGUGCAUGGUGGCUUUUCGCUGUGGUCCGCCUGGAGGCCCUGCAGCGUCAGCUGUGGAAAAGGCAUCCAGAAGAGGAGUCGGCUCUGCAACAACCCACUCCCAGCCAACGGUGGGAGGCUGUGCCAAGGGUCGGACUCAGAAACACGGCACUGUCAAAAUAAGUUGUGUCCAGUCGACGGUCACUGGUCAGAAUGGAGUUUCUGGGAAGAAUGCACUAGAAGCUGUGGGCAUGGCAACCAAACCAGGACCAGAACUUGCAGUAACCCAUCGGCUCAGCAUGGCGGGCGGCCAUGUGAGGGGCAUGCUGUGGAAAUCAUCAUGUGUAACCUUAGGCCUUGCCCAGUCCAUGGAGUGUGGAGUGUUUGGCAGCCUUGGGGUGCGUGCAGCAAAAGCUGUGGGAAAGGCAGUCAGACAAGAACAAGGCUCUGCAACAACCCGCCACCGUCAUUUGGUGGGGCCUACUGCAGCGGAGCAGAAACCCAGAUGCAAGUCUGCAGUGAGAGACCCUGUCCAGUUGAUGGCAAGUGGGGGACGUGGGCCAGCUGGAGUGCCUGCAGUGUGUCCUGUGGAGGAGGUGCCAGGAAGAGAACACGGGACUGUUCUGACCCACUGCCACAGCACGGAGGAGGCAGAUGUGAAGGGAGUGACGUCCAGAGUGAUUUUUGUAACAGUGACCCUUGUCCAACUCACGGUAACUGGAGCCCCUGGAGUGGCUGGGGAACAUGCAGCCGGACUUGCAAUGGAGGGCAGAUGCGAAGGUACCGCACGUGUGACAACCCACGUCCUGCCAAUGGAGGAAGAGCCUGUGGGGGGCCAGAUACCCAGAUCCAGAGGUGCAACACUGACAUGUGUCCUGUGGAUGGAAGUUGGGGAACAUGGCACAGUUGGAGCCACUGUUCUGUCUCUUGUGGAGGAGGCGAAAGGAUGCGGAAGCGGCUAUGUGACAAUCCAGUACCAUCUAAAAAUGGCCGUUCCUGUCCAGGAGAUGCCACCCAGGUAUCCAGAUGCAAUACGCAGGCAUGUCCAGGUGGACCCCAGCGAGCCAGAGGGAGUGUUAUUGGGAAUAUUAAUGAUGUUGAGUUUGGAAUCGCUUUCCUCGAUGCCACAAUAACAGAUAGCCCCAACUCUGAUACAAGAAUAAUACAGGCCAAGAUUACCAAUGUGCCUCGAAGUCUUGGUCCAGCAAUGAGAAAGAUCAUUUCCAUCCUAAAUCCCAUUUACUGGACAACAGCAAAAGAAAUAGGAGAAGCAGUCAAUGGUUUUACCCUCACUAACGCAGUCUUCAAACGAGAGACCCAAGUGGAAUUUGCAACUGGGGAGGUCUUGCGGAUGACACACGUGGCCCGGGGCUUGGAUUCUGAUGGCACUCUGCUGCUCGAUGUCAUUGUGAGUGGCUAUGUCCUGCAGCUCCAGUCACCUGCUGAAGUCAGUGUGAAGGAUUACACGGAGGACUACGUUCAAACAGGACCUGGGCAGCUCUAUGCCUUCUCAACCCGCCUCUUCACCGUCGAUGGCAUCAGUGUCCCCUACACGUGGAACCACACCAUUUUCUACGAUCAGGCCUGGGGGAAAAUGCCCUUCUUAGUAGAAACCCUUCAUGCAGCUUCUGUGGAGUCUAACUAUAACCAGCUGGAAGAGACACUGGGUUUUAAAAUCCAUGCUUCAAUUUCCAAAGGAGAUCGCAGUAACCAGUGCCCCUCUGGCUUCACCUUAGAUUCAGUGGGACCCUUUUGUGCUGAUGAAGAUGAAUGCACAGCCGGGAAUCCCUGCUCCCAUACCUGCCACAAUGCCAUGGGAGCCUAUUACUGCUCCUGCCCCAAAGGCCUCACCAUAGCUGCCGAUGGAAGAACCUGCCAAGACAUUGAUGAGUGUGCUUUGGGUGGACAUACGUGUCAUGCUGGUCAGGACUGUGACAACACCAUUGGAUCCUAUCGCUGUGUGGUCCAUUGUGGAACAGGUUUCCGAAGAACUUCUGAUGGGCUCAGUUGUCAAGAUAUUAAUGAAUGUCAGGAAUCCAAUCCCUGUCACCAACGCUGCUUCAACGUCAUAGGAAGUUUCCAGUGUGGAUGUGAAGCUGGCUAUCAACUCAAAGGCAGAAAAUGCAUUGAUGUGAACGAAUGUAGACAGAAUGUGUGCAGACUAGACCAACACUGUAAGAACACCCGAGGUGGCUUUAAGUGCAUUGAUCUUUGUCCAAAUGGAAUGACCAAGGCUGAAAACGGGACCUGCAUUGACAUCGAUGAGUGCAAAGACGGGACCCAUCAGUGCAGAUAUAACCAAAUAUGUGAGAACAUGAGAGGCAGCUACCGGUGUGCAUGCCCAAGAGGUUAUCGGUCCCAAGGAGUUGGAAGACCUUGUAUUGACAUUAAUGAAUGUGAGCAAGCACCUAAACCUUGUGCACAUCAGUGCUCCAACACCCCCGGCAGCUUCAAGUGUGUCUGUCCACCAGGACAACAUUUGUUAGGGGAUGGGAAAUCUUGCGCUGGAUUGGAGAGGCUGUCGAGUUAUGGCACUCAAUACAGUAGCUAUAACCAUGCCCGGUUCUCCCCUGUGAGAAGUGAUUAUCAGCCUCGGCAGCCUUACAGACAGCACUCACAACUCUACAGCUCCUACUCAGAGUAUAGAAACAGCAGAGCAUCUUUCUCCAGGACUAGAAGGACUAUUAGGAAAAGUUGCCCUGAAGGCUCUGAGGCAAACCAUGACACAUGUGUAGAUAUUGAUGAAUGUCAAAACAGAGAUACUUGCCAACAUGAGUGCAAAAACACCAUCGGAAGCUACCAGUGUGUCUGUCCGCCAGGCUAUCGACUCAUGCUCAACGGGAAAACAUGCCAAGAUGUUGAUGAAUGCCUGGAGCAGAACGUGCGCUGUGGGCCGAAUCGCAUGUGUUUCAACAUGAGAGGAAGCUACCAGUGCAUUGACACACCCUGUCCGCCCAACUACCAGCGGGAUCCUGUUUUGGGGUUCUGCCUCAAGAACUGCCCACCCAAUGACUUGGAAUGUACCUUGAGCCCAUAUGCCUUGGAAUAUAAACUUGUCUCUCUCCCAUUUGGAAUAGCUGCCAAUCAAGAUUUAAUCCGGCUGGUUGCAUACACAGAGGAUGGAGUGAUGCAUCCCAGGACAACUUUCCUCAUGGUAGAUGAGGAACCAGCUGUUCCUUUUGCCUUAAGGGAUGAAAACCUGAAAGGGGUAGUGUACACUACCCGUCCACUACGAGAGGCAGAGACCUAUCGCAUGAAGGUUCGAGCUUUAUCCUACAGUGCCAAUGGGACCAUUGAGUAUCAGACCACAUUCAUAGUUUAUAUAUCUGUGUCUGCCUACCCAUACUAGGAAGUACUCCAGAACCUAGUCCAGAUAUUUCAACCUCGUUAAUCAUGGCAAUCAAGGAGCCCUACAGUUUACUAUCUCUUGAACAGUUGCAAUCUCAGCAACUUGAAAAUGGUGCUGUACUCUGUUAUCUGCAUGUUCCUUGGUACUGCUGAGGUAUCUGUAUGAUCCCACUACAGUCGUGUAUCUUCCAGUAAGGUCUAGUGGAGUCCUUCAUUAUUUUCUUUAUUUAUUACACUGGAGCAGUUACUUCCCAAAGAUUAUUCUGAUCAUGUAACAGGACACAGCAGUGAUGUUGUGUAUAGCAUAAUAGCUAAGAUCCUUCUCUUGGAAACAAUAUUUAAAAAGUAAUUCAAAUAGAUUUCUGAGCAUUUGGCUAUUCUUAGAAGCAUAAAACCAGUUUUUAUGUGUUUUGAUAAAAGCUUAUGGCAUAAUAUAAGAUUUUUAAAAUAUUGAUAUAAGACUUCUAUAUCUCCUUUCAAGUUUUUUUCAAUUUUAAGAAUUAAAAAAGAGAGAGAGAGAAACACCAGUAUUUCUGAAGUAUAGUGCAGAUAUAAGUUUGUUUGAUCCUACAUGGAACUUACCAUGAUUAAAUACUCAAGAUAUAGUCCCAGUGAUUUUGUGAAAUUUAUCUGAACCUCUUACUAUGUUAUCAGAAAGUUACUUCCCCUUUAGACAAUCACCCAUGCCAUGGGUCUUUGACAUUUUGAUAUAAACUUUUAUUCACUCAGCUCCAUAACUUUUACAUUCCAUAUUUUUUAUUUUAAGACAUAUCAAUAGAAGAGAUUUCUUGAUUAUUUGUAAUCAUAUAUGUUCAAGUUAACAUGUUAAACGUCAAUACACUGUACAUGGUGGUAACAGACUCUGUAAGCAAUUGUCAAGAUGUAUUCUAUUUUUAUGAAGUGUAUAUAUUACCUUAGUGUGUAUUUUCUAUAUAAUAUCUUUAUGGACUCUUUUAUAAAAUUAUUUUAUAAGAAAAUUACAGUAAAAUCAGCCUAAAUAAAGUUUUCACCUCUUUUUCUUAA